UUCGGAGGGUUUAAUAACAUGCCAGUUGCGAGGGAGGUUCAGGUCAGGAGGCUUUUCAAAGCGCUCUCACAACUUAAAGAUAGUAUUGGACAAAAGAUCAGUGGACUGGGCUUGGACAGAGGACAUGCCUUAAGGAUGACUAGAAACAGAAGAAAUAACUCCUUACUUGGUUUGACUCUGAAAGGAUGCUCCCCGGUUCAGGCCUAGCAGUCCUCUUUCUCUUAGCCACAUCCAGUGCAUGCACUCUCGCUCAGUCCUGCCUCUGUUCAGCCCUGCUGCCUGCUGGGCUCCACGUCAACUGCAGCUCCCUGACCCGAAUGGAGAAACCUCAUCUCCCCUCAGACACUGUGGAGCUCCAUAUUCAGGACAGCCAGCUCACCGCAGUUCCUCCAGGCCUGUUUGACAGACUGACGGGCCUGAGGAAGGUCUCCUUCUCUGGGAACCGCUUCCAUUGUGACUGUAAGAUCCAGUACCUGAGGAACUGGCUGCUGAGGAACAGGGCUGUUGUUUCCAGAGAGCCCACCUGUGCCAGUCCGAGCUCAGUGGUGCUGACAGCCAUCACUGAACUCAGUGACGACUUUUUCUCCUCCUGUGCCCAGCCAAGCUGUGGUGGCUGGAAUUAUAACACUGUGAUAGGGGUGAUGCUGUGCGGACUCAUCAUUCUGCUAAUGUGGGUCCUGACCCUGGCCAGGAAGACCACCUUCACUCUGGACAUUGAUAAGAGACAUACAGGAUUUCAGGCCAACUCUUUGCGAUCGCUAAAGCCCAAACACAGGAAAAGGCUGCAGAGUGCAACAUCAGAAGUCAGUGGGAACUCUGAUUCUCUUUCAUGGACAGAGGAUCUAGAAAGACCACUUCUCAACAUGGAGCUACUGCCACAAAUACUGGAUGUCUUGCACAAGAAGCACAACAUAAAGAUAAAAGCUACUUGAGAAAGAUUAUGAUCCAAAGAAUGCCUAUAGAUUCCCACCAAUCCAGGUGAAUAUGUCUUUUACAGGUUGACAGAAAUGUGUGUUUACACCCGAGUGCAUUUAAUAGACCUCUUUUACUGUUACAGUGGAGUUAGAUAUCACCGCGAUUUUUGUUAAGUAAUUCAAUAAGUUGUGAAAAAAGUAUCACAGUAAAUGUGGCUACAAGAGGUGAAGACAGUAUAGUGGAUUCAUUUAUUUAAUUUUUUUUCAAAGGACCCAUUUGUUUUUACAUGAAGCGCAAGACUCUUGUUUCUACACACUUCAU